CUCCUCACGCAUUGUCAACGAGGCCAACUCAGAGCAGACCGCAGCCCCCCCCCCCGUCCUCUCACAGGCUCUCAGCUGUCCGUCUGUCGCGCAUUGCCAUCUGGACUCACCGUUGCCGGAUAAUUGGACAGGCCUGCCAACGCCUCCUGGACUAUUUCUUCUCGAGGCUCCCCCCCGCCGUGCCGGUUACCACGUUGGAUCUCUCUCAGGCUUCCUUCUUCCCACGCUCUCUCCCCGAUCUUGUGCUACCCACCCCCCUCCGUCUCCAGGCUGACGUGGUGUGCGUGACCUGCAUCCAUCCUCUUCGUUUCCGGACUUCCUUUCUUUCUUCUUACAACAAUUUUUACCGGCUUUUCUCAUCAUGUCUGGAAGAGAUAGAGAAAGAGAUCGCGAUAGACGCGCUCAACAAGCCUCGGCUCGUACGAAUGAGUACUUCGUGCCCAAGGAUGGCAUCGACAGAGAGGUCAUCACGGCUGACAUCUGCCGGUACCUUGGGAACGAUGCUCUCGUACGGCCUGGCAACUACGAGAAUCCGCAGACUCGACAGAUCCAGCAGGGUUAUUUCAUUACGGCGUACCGGAAUCUCACGACCGCUAUGAUCGCAGAUCUGAAGGCAGACUCUGAAAGAUGGGAGGCUGAGCGGCGUGCAACCGCUUCAAGAGGCCAGCCCUCUAAUGUGGAGUAUCGAGCUUCCACAACACAUCAGUCUCGGCAGUACUAUGGACCCACGUCCGAAGCUGCAUCCGCAGCGCCGUUAGCAUACCAACAAACUUCCACUUCCACAGGGCAAGUAUAUGAUAGCAGCGCCCAAGGAAGCUAUGCCCAGCCGAACUAUGCCCAGCCGUCUUCGGGAUACCAACAAGCCGGAGGAUAUGCCGUCCCGGAUAGUAGCAAUUACUACGUUGCCGGAGCGAACAUGUUGGCUGGCGGCGGUGAUAUGAGAGACCCCAGUUCCAGGGUACCCGUUACCACCCAACCCCAAAUUCCGAGGAGUAGCGUGCAGUAUGCAACUUCCAGCGCCUCGUAUCCUCAACAACAAGAUAGCCGGAGCAUGUACUAUUCUUCUGCACAACCACCUGGAGUGGCAAUUCCAUCCUCGGCCCAAUAUCCAACUCAACCAUCAGAUCCUUAUUAUGGUCCUGUCCCUCCAGCAGGAACAGAUUAUAGCCAGGAUCCUUAUGAUAGCCGAGUAUACCAGGAUAGCUCCGCCUACGGUCAAAUUCCAGUGAGCGCUCCAACUGUAGUUGCUCAGCCUGCUACUUCCAAUUCCUCGUCCAGGCGUGAAAGGGAACCAGAACCCCGCGAGCGUCAUCGUGAUCGUGAUCGUGAUGGCCACGAACGACGCCGUCGUUAAGGAUUUUCCAUUAGGAUUUGUCUUGGCAUACCCACAUUCAGGAUUCAUCCAGCGACCGGCAUUGUUUUGGCGUUUUUCUUUACUGUGAGCUUCCGAGGAGUACCGUGCAAUAUCUGGAUCAUUUGCCUCGGGAGCGUGCCCAGUCAUGGAACCAGACCAUUGUUUAGAAGGACACUUCAAAGUCUUUUUCAAGACUAAUUGAGCUGCGAGAUUGCACUCAUACCGGGAUUUGAAGACCCGAAGUGGUCUUCACUCCGUCUUGGAU